GGGGUCUAACACAAAAAUAUCCGCUUAAAAGAAUCGCGGUUCUCUCUGCCAAUUUUUAGGGUUCUUCACGCAAACGCAGGCGAAUUUUUGUUUUCAAUUUUUUCCCCCUUCACUCUCUGCGGCUCAGUAUCCUCCGCCCAUUUAACAGAUCAUUUGAUCUCAAUUCUCGUUUAAGCUUUAGUAAGUUUUUUGAAGAGUUAGAGGAUUUCGGGGUCGUAAAAUUUCCCAGCGUGUUGUGAAAGAUAGCUAAAACGGGGUCCCUUUGUUGUGUGGCUGCACGGCCACAUGGAUCCCACGCAGCGAGCCGCGACUGGUCAAUGGGACCUCACGAGCCGUAUUGGAGAACCAAUUCGAGCUUUUCUCCUCCGCCGUCGAGAUGGGACUUUCAGUUCCAACCCGAAGCGCUUUCCUUUGGUUCCCAUGACGGCGUUCAGUUGUUUGGGUCGUCAGCAUCGUCGAAUAGCCGAGAGAGUCGAGGCUGGGUGAGAGGUAGCCAAACGACGAAUCAUCAGUUUCUGGUAUCUGAGGGCGUAGGUCCGUAUCUAAGCAGUCCGUCUAUAUCGCCCACCCAGCAAUGGACUCCUCCAGUCUUACAAGAAAUCAGCACCGAUGAUUAUAAUACGUCAAGGAGAGAUGUAGUUUUGAGGCCGAUAUCCUUUUCGCCGGCAAUGGAGGGAACGUCAGCGGCGCAAGAAAGCGGAGGCUCGACGUCAUCCCCAUCCGAGAGUAGCAGCGAGUACGACUGCGUCGUCAAGCCGCACUCAUUUCAUCGCAAUCGCCGCAGCUUCAUGUCCAAAGCGAUCCACCCGUUAUCGCUUCCGUCGGAGCCGACUGCUCGGGAAAGCAACGCGGUUUCUCCUCCCCGGCUCCCCGAUUUCGACGGUGUUACGCCGCACCGGAGGGACAGCGGAAGCAUCGAUCUCACAGAACUACCCGACCCGCUCGACUACGAUCUUCCCGCUCGAUCCCGCGCUGCCGCCGCCGCGCAAGACAACUUCAAAUGCAGUUUAUGCGAUCGUCUCCUCUCCCAACGAUCGCCGUGGAGCUCCCGGAGAAUCGUGAAGAGCGGCGACAUGCCGGUCGCCGGAGUCCUCUCCUGCCGCCACGUCUUCCACGCCGAGUGUCUCGAACAGACCACGCCGAAGGCGCGCGGAAACGACCCGCCGUGCCCCGUCUGCGUCAAGAUCGAUGACGAUGGCUCGUCCGACCCCCGGGUCUUCUCGAAGCUGCGGAAUGCGUUCCCGAGGCUCAAGCCUUUCUACGAAGAUGAGCCGUCAUCGAAACCGUGGGGCUGCGCGCACGUCGGAGACUGCGUCGAGGGCGCGCUGCAUACACCCGCCCGGAACACGCUGCUGUCGCUUAACCGGAGUCGGUUCCGAAAAACGCUGUCGCUGAAGGGCAGCCCGGCAUUCGAGUUCCCGGGGAAGUCGAAGAAGGGCGAAUCGAUUGGUCCGCAGCGGUUUUCGGGAUCACUCGAGCACGGCGCUGCCGGACCCUCGAAGAUGGCGGCGGCGACGGCGACAAAUUUGAAGUGAUGUGUGGUGGUGGGUUGUGUAGACGGGAAGUUUUUCCGGCUAAUCGGCGCCGGCCGGUGAUGUAAUGGUGAUGUUGUGUGUAGGCAUAAGUUGUAACGAUGUAUGGUACUGUAUGUUGUUUUCGGCGUUUCCUUUUGUAUGAAAACGGCUGAUUUAGUGA